AUGACCUCUAUAUCGUCAAGGCAUCGCCCCGCCCCUUUCCUCAAAUUCGCUGACUGUGCUCCUUCCUGGACUCUCCAACACCACAAUGAUGAAAUUGUCGAUGAAUCCAAAACUUACAAAACUCAGCAGGCUUCCCGCUACUCUAGCGACGGCCUCUCUUGUCCAAGAAGAGGAAGCCUCCUCGACGAUUCAACUUCUGAUGAACUUGCUGCAAGUCAACUCCACCCACCAGAUCGCUUCACCCAAGAGGUCCGAUUGCUUCCUCAUUACGAAAGGCGAAAACAUCAGGUUCUCGCAGAUUUAAGAGGCAAAAGAAUUUUCAUGUUUCUGGAUUAUGAUGGAACGCUCACUCCUAUCAUCUCAAAUCCUGCAGAGGCAAUUCUGUCUGAGAGAAUCAGGAAGAUUCUUUACGGUCUUGCCCACUCCGAUCAGGUCACGGUUGGGGUUGUCACGGGACGCGCGCUUCGGUCCAUUAAGGGCUUCAUUCAAAUAACCGCAACAGAGAAGUUGAAGUUUCUCUAUGCAGCAAGCCAUGGAUUUCAUAUUGAAGCGGCUGGACAGCAACUCCAUCAUAAAGUGGGUGCUCGCUUCAUUCCAGCUCUCAGAGAAGCAGCAUUAGAGAUUUCAGAGGUGUUGGGUUAUAUUCCUGGAGUAGCACUCGAAGACAACGAAUUUGCAGUUUCAGUUCAUUACAGGUGGGAGAUCAAUACUGCUUGUGUUGUGGCUAGAUGGUUGUGCUUCAGAAAUGUUCCCCCCGAAUAUUGCGCUGAAAUCGAGAAUCACAUUGACACGAUUCUUGCUCGGUAUCCAACGUUGAGAAAAACGAAGGGCAAAAUGGUUUUUGAGCUUAGAAUUAAUCUUUCGUGGGAUAAAGGACGUGCUGUAAUGUGGUGUUUACAAGCAAUGCAGGUCGACAUGAAAGACCCCGACGUGCGGCUAAUCUACAUCGGGGAUGAUCUAACUGAUGAAGAUGCGUUUACAGUGAUUCGUUGUCAAGAUAGUGACAAGCAUCUCGGGAUUCUCGUCUCGGACAACGACGUCAAAACUCAAUCUGUCAGCAACUCCCGCCAAACUGCUGCCUCAUUCUUUGUCAAGGAUACAGAUGAGGUAGCAAAUUUCCUCGAAGAUGUUUUUCACUUAACGUCUGAUAAAUCACACGAAUAA